CCGCCCGGCGGUUAGCUCUGCGGGCGCUGGGCGCACCUCACGUCGCGGCUUGGCCCCCAGGCCGGCUUCUCUUGUCACCAUGACGGCGACCGUGUUCUUCGGCUGCGCCUUUAUUGCCUUCGGGCCUGCGCUCGCCCUCUACGUCUUCACCAUUGCCACAGAACCGUUGCGCAUCAUCUUCCUCAUCAUCGGAGCUUUCUUUUGGUUGGUGUCUCUGCUGUUUUCCUCCUUUAUUUGGUUCCUGGCAGGAACCAUUACUGGCAACAAAGAUGAACCAACACCGAAGUAUCUGCUGAUCUUUGGAGUAUUAGUCUCAGUCUUUAUCCAAGAAUUGUUCCGGUUUGCCUAUUAUAGACUUUUAAAGAAAGCCAGUGAGGGUUUGAAGAGUAUAAACCCAGAUGAACCCGCACCCUCUAUGCGAUUACUGGCUUAUGUUUCUGGCUUGGGUUUUGGAAUCAUGAGUGGAGUAUUUUCCUUUGUAAAUACGCUGUCUAACUCCUUGGGACCAGGCACAGUGGGCAUCCAUGGAGACUCUCCCCAGUUUUUCCUGAAUUCAGCUCUCAUGACGCUGGUUAUCAUGUUGCUGCACCUGUUCUGGGGUGUUGUCUUUUUUGAUGGUUGUGAGAAGAAAAAGUGGUACGUCCUUCUUAUUGUUCUGCUGUCCCAUCUGCUGGUGUCAACUCUGACCCUCAUAAGUCCUUAUUAUGGAGUAAUUCUGGUGUCAGCAUAUAUCAUCAUGGUGCUCACGGGCAUCUGGGCAUUCUUUGUUGCUGGAGGCAGCUGCCGAAGCCUGAAACUCUGCCUGCUCUGCCAAGACAAGGACUUCCUUCUUUUCAGCCAGCGCUCCAGAUAACCUCCAAGAACCAGCCCCUCUCAAACAGUGAGCUGUGUCUUUAGAGGAAGCACAACUGUGCCUUUGUCUAAAAAUCCUUUUCCAUGUGGAA